AUGCGUGAAGACGCUAAUAGCGAGCGUCGCAGGCCCAUUGGACCAGCCAAGAGACCUGCUACCUCUGACGACGAUGACGACGAUGAUGACGAUGACGAUGGGCUGACUGUGGAGGAGAGGGCGGCGAAUAGAGAAUUAGAUCGACGGCGGCAGGAAGCGGGAGAUGAUCAGGAUGAUGAUAGUGACGAGGAUGGUAGCGUCGACCUGGGACCCGAACCUGGUGAUGGACAGGGCGGAAGUGGACAGAUGCCGAUUUCCGACUCCGUCGAUCUGAGAGACCACUCAAAGACAGUCUCAGCUCUUGCUGUGGAUCAUGCAGGUGCCAGAGUAGCUACUGGCGGCUUCGAUUACGACGUCAAACUUUGGGAUUUCGGCGGCAUGACGUCAGCAUUCCGCCCGUUUAAGAGCUGGGAACCGGCAGGGACGUACUGGGUACACGAUUUGGCGUGGUCAGCCAGCGGUGAUCAAUUACUGGUGGCAAGCGGAACACCCCAGCCGAAGCUCUUCGACCGAGAUGGCAACUUGCUGUCAACCUUCAACAAGGGAGAUAUCUACAUUCGGGACAUGAAGAAUACCAAGGGCCACGUUGCUGAAGUCACUUCUUGCGCUUGGCAGCCUCACCAUCCUGGCACGUUUGCCACUGCCAGCGCAGAUAGCUCGUUGAGAUUAUGGUCUGUGGAGGAUCCAACUAAGCAACAGAAGGUCAUCGUGGUCCGAAGCAAAGAGCGCGGCACCAGGACGAAGGUCACUUCCAUGACUUUUAGCCACGACAGCAGGACCAUUGCGGCAGGGUGUUUCGAUGGAGCUUUGCACGUAUGGGGCUCCAACACAAGUGCAGCUCGACCUGACAAGAGCAUUGAAAAUGCGCAUGAAAGGAAUAAUGAGACCUCAAGCGUGGUUUUUUCGAGGGACAAUCACACCUUGGCCACCAGAGGUGGGGACGACACUGUGAAGCUAUGGGACUUGCGAUCGUUCAGACGCCCACUGGCGACUAGAGAUAACUUGCCAAACGAUUACGGUCAAACCAGCGUCAUUUUCAGCUUAGACGAAAGGACCAUCCUGACUGGCACGUCUGUAGUGAGAGCGCAAGGCUCCGAAGAAUUAAUGAGAGCCAAUGAAGCAGGCGAAGCCCCUCGAGUGGUCAAGGACGGCGCUAUCGAGGUUAUGUCUCGAGACGAUCUUUCUCCAAUCCAACGGAUCUCUGUGGGGAAAGGCAACUCUGUUGUCCGGCUUCACUGGGCGUCUAAGAUCAAUCAGCUUCUGGCCUCCACGUCUUCCGGCGGCGUUUCGGUCUUCUACGACCCUCAAAUUUCGAGCCGCGGCGCAUUGUUGUGCGUCGGCAAGCGCGCGAAGACGCAGAGGGUGGUGGACAGCUACGCCGAGAUGCCCAUCAUCACGCCUCUGGCGGGAGAUGCAGUAUCGCGAGGACAAGGAACGAGCCAAGCAGCGAAGAAGAGAAGGUUGGAGAAGAUGAGGCAAGAUUCUCAGGCGAGCAAAAUGCCGGAAAGGCCCAUGGCUGGGCCUGGUAAAGGAGGUAGGAUCGGCGCUGCUGCGACGCAACAUGUCGUGCAGAGUAUCUGGACCGGCAAUACCAGGACGGAGGAUCCGAGAGAGGCUUUGCUCAAGUAUGCGGAUAAGGAGGAAGGGAAGGACAAACAGUGGACUGGAGCUUGGAGCAAGACUCAACCCAAGGCUAUCUACGCUCAGGAUGAUGAUGAUGAUGGAAGCAAUGGACAGGAUCAAGAGCGUCAAGGAAACGAGUAG